AUGAACCCAAACAACUUGACCGCUGGCCACGAUCAAGCAUUGAUCGCUGGAUCAGCUCCUGUUAUGAUCACGGAUGCCCCAGCACCUUUCGAUGAUGAGGCUGUCGACCCCGACUGCAUACUCCGCACCUCUGAUGAAGUGGACUUUCGCGCGCACAAACUCAUUCUGUCGAUUGCCUCCGCGUUCUUCCGUUCCAUGUUCAAUCUUCCAGAGCCAACCACCACUUCCGCCGAACAGCAGGAGCUGAAGAACGGUCUUCCUGUCGUCACUCUCCAGGAAGAUGCUAGCAUUCUCGAUAUCCUUCUUCGUCGCAUCUAUCCUCCCAGUCAGAUUCCUCUACGGCCUCUAUCCGAUCAUCCUCUGUCGACUCUGAUGUCCCUCUACGAGGCUGUAGACAAGUACGACCUUAAAGGCCUCAUCCACCCGGUCAUGGAAGCGUUGUUGCAGAACGCGUCGCAAGACGCCCUCACUGCUUACGCGUGGGGUUUGCAGCUUACAGACGUUGUUCAAGCUUCUGCGAUCGCUACACUUGACUCGCCCAUCGACGACCUUCCACUAUGUCCCGAACUCGAGCAUAUUUCGGCUGCUCAGUUUCAAAGGCUUCUUAUCUACAGACGUCGAUGCCAGGAUUCCGUCCAAAAAAUCGCUGUUGAGCAGUGGGGAUGGAUCGAAAACGUUGCCCAUGUGCCUCUAGGGGAGCCCUACUAUUCAAAUUCACCUCUGUGCUCCUGUAGGAGGAAGUGCACGUCCUCGCAGCAACUAGAGAAUGCUAUCCAGAGCGGUUCUGUCUUAGAUCCUGAUCCUAAGUGGAACUUCUGGGCCCCAAGAUGGUGGCUUGCUUAUAUGAUACGCUCUGAGUCCGCAUUAAAGAUCAGGCCCAGAGGUGGCACAGUCACCCAGAGGGAUUUUCUAGCCCCAACGUUGGGCGAGGCUAUAUCCUGCACCAAAAUACAUGAAUGCCGAAGGGGUACGCAAACCAUGCUCGAGUUUGUUGAGCGUUUCGCUGCCGCGAUCGAAGACGCUGUUGCACAGGUGGAUCCUCCGUCUAUAUAA